CGAAGCUACAGUACGAGUGGAACAGUUUCAAGCAAAACCUGCUUCAAGUUACAUCGGUCAUUUUAUGUUUGGACCUUUUUCGGAACAGCUUUAGCAGUAUUAUACUCACUUUACGACAAUGGCAAACAUUCUCGGAUUUGUCGGAAUAGCCGUUUCCGGCUUUGCUCUUCUUUUUGCUAUUUUAGCGGCUGCGUUAACUCUAUGGGAAAGUCUGGAAGUCGGCUCAUCUAAAACUACUACAGGAUUAUGGGAAACUUGUACUGAAUUAAGCGGAAACAAGGUCUGUAUCGACCUAAAUUCUGACAACGUACAAGACGAUGAUACGCUUAGAGAUCUGCGUGCUGUGCGUGCGACCGUCAUACUCGGUGUAAUACUGUCUGCGGCUGCUAUUGUUACAGGCAUUCUUGUAAUGUUUGUUAUGAAAGACACAAAAAUUCUGUUCUUUGUUGCGGGAGGACUUGAUAUAGCCGCGGGUCUUUUCCUUAUGGUAGGAAUGGCUGUCUUUGUCGACAAACUUGAGAACGAUCUAAUGGAUUACGAUGCAGCAUUUGCCAUGGAUAUUGUCGCUUGGAUAGCGGCUUGGGCCGGUGGAGGAAUUUUCUGUGCAGCAAAAAUGAUGGAUAAGGAAUAAAAAAUGAAUAGACUAUAUAAUAUUAUAGACAAAAUCAAUACGCCUAAUAGAAAAAUAUGAUACAAGAAUGUCCCAUGUGAACGUUUCUAAGGCUUGCUACUUUUUUAGUAAGCCAAAUGAUUAUUUUUCAUAUCACCCUAGAUAUUUAUUCAUUUUUCGUACCAUAAAGGAGAAAUGUAAAUCUAUUACUUAAUAAAUUGUCAUUGAAUUCA